AUGUCGCUAAAGUGGAUCACGGAAAGCAGCAGCAGCUGGCUACGGUCCUUUCUGAUGGCCGAGCCGACCGCGCCCGAGAUUACGAUCGAGCCCGAAAUCGUGGUUGAGAAUCUCGCGCCGCUGCACCCGUACUACCCCGAGGGCGUGGCCAUCCCGUCGUAUGUGCCCAACGAGGUCCCCGUCCCCGUGCUGCUGGCAGCCUUGGGGGGCAUGCUGGCGUUUGCGCUUCUGGGCGCUGUAGCGGUUGCGCUGAGGGUCAACCCGAAGUUGAGUCGGGUUAACAUAGUCAGGCUGUGUUGGUUUGUUAUGAAUGGCUGCUUGCAUUGCGUUUUUGAGGGCUACUUCGUCCUAACCCACGCAACCGUCGCCUCAUCCCAGAACCUGUUAGCACAGCUAUGGAAAGAAUACGCGCUUUCCGACUCGCGCUACCUGACCUCCGAUUUCUUCAUGCUCAGCGUCGAGGGCAUCACAUCCCUCAUCUGGGGCCCCCUCUGCUUCGCCAACGCCGUCGCCAUCGUCCGGGGCAGCCCGUCGCGGCACGCGCUGCGCAUCAUCGUGUGCAUGGCGCACCUGUACGGCGUCGCGCUGUACUACACCACCAGCCUGUGCGAGCUCUACUUCACGGGCCGCUCGCACAGCCGCCCCGAGACCCUGUACUUCUGGGUCUACUACGUCGGCUUCAAUCUGCCGUGGGCCAUCAUCCCCGCGGUCCUCUUAUACGACAGUGCCAGAACGAUCACCGCGGCAGUACGGGCGUUGGAAAAGGUGGACAACACGCUGGAUGCUCAUCGCCGUAGGCAAGGGAAAACGAACGGGGUUGCUGUUGAGCCGAAGAAGACGAAAUAG